UGUACUGUUAACUUCAAGGUUCCCCUGAUAUAAAAAAGCCCGUGAAGCUCAUAUCCACAUUCAACUUUCAAGUCACAUGGGACAAGGUCACGAGAAUAAUUAUCAUAGGAUGCUUCAUAUCUUGAAUUUCUAGUCUUCCUAUCCCCAGACAAUAUGGGGAUGGCUAUGUAUUAUGAAGUUACCUAAUACUUGACGCUUGUAUAGGUUUAUAUCUAUCAUCUUUAGCCAUAGCAUGUCUUCAGCACCCUUCCUAUUUCUCUCCCCAGCAUUACCAUCCGAGCUUCUGACUUUCAUAUUAAACCACCACGCCUAUCCCACUACUCUGAUCAUAUGCUCUUCCCGUCAAGAGUUUCUCGCAUCGCUUAUCGAUGACGUAUGCCAUGAGACAACUCCCACUCCCAGUCCGGACAUAACCUCUACAGAUCAGCAACAACAUGGGAUAGAGGAACUUCCACCAUCUACGGCUGCGCCAGAGACCAACCGAGAGUUGGGAGGAGUAAAGCAAAGGCAAAAACACCACAGCUUUCUGGCUUCCUCCCCUCUAUACCAGGUCGCCACAUCGCGGCACAUCCGCGUCGUCUACGUCCCCACCGUCACCCAUCUGCGCGCCUACCUCUCCGUCUUCUCGCCAGACGACACUAAUAUACCGGCUCCGCCACCAGAUCUCCACCACAACUCCUCUGCUAUUGGUGGUGGUGCGACUUACACGCCACGCAUAGUCCUAUACGGCUUCUUAUCGCUGCACCGCGACACAAGCGAGUGGAGCGCCCAGGGCCUCGGCAACUCCGCCUCCGCCGUCGUAGACCUCGGCCACCGGCUCUCCUGGCAGGCGAUCAUUGUCGAGCCCCGGAAGCGCAAAAACUCUUUAUCUCUAUUCGAAGACCUGCUGGAGGAGACCGUCCCGUUUCUAAGCGGCGGUGGCCGUCGACCCGGCCCCGACUCUCGGGACGAGGGGGGCGGCUGGAUAGGCCGGACGGUGGAGGUAGGGCGGGUUAUGAAGCGAUGGUUUCGCUUCCAGCACGGGGUGUGGGACGCGAGUUUUGCUGCUCAAAAUGAGGCGGAAGAUGUCCCUCGUAAUGAUGAUGAUAGAAAUAAAAUACUAUAACUUGAUGGGGCUAUCUCAUGGUAUCUCUAUAAAUCCUCGAAAAACAACAACUGACCGUAAAUACUUAAUAGUCGUAAAAACGCAUUAUGUACAGUCUUUUAGAGCCCCUGGUCGACCAUGUCUGAUCGCCUAACGCCAGCCGUAGCAUAUCCUUUCGUGGUCUCGUCACUUACGCAGAUAAUAGAUAGGUAGGAAAAGGAGAUGAGUAACAAUUAGAUAGCCUGCUCCAUCUCUGUAAUGUACAGUUUGAUGUGCGAUUCCAUCUUCAGGUACUCGUCGUAAGCGUUGCGGACCUCAUUCUCAAUGUUCUCCUUAAGAUCCAACAUCUGUGAUCUUUAUUAGCAGCUGUCCAUUCAUUGUAGGUCGG